GUGCUUGAUUUCUUUGGGGUGGACCCAACGAAGGGCCUCUCUGAUUCUCAGGUUGAUCAUCACUCUAGGCUUUUCGGCAGGAAUGGAACUCCAUUCUGGAAACUAGUUCUGAAACAAUUUGAUGAUUUACUUGUUAAGAUAUUGAUUGUGGCUGCAAUUGUCUCUUUCGUUUUGGCUUUGGCAAAUGGAGAGACUGGUUUAACAGCAUUUCUGGAGCCUUUUGUAAUUCUGCUGAUAUUGGCUGCAAAUGCCGCGGUGGGGGUGAUUACGGAGACGAAUGCUGAGAAGGCUCUCGAGGAACUACGUGCCUACCAAGCAAAUAUAGCUACAGUGUUGCGGAAUGGGUGCUUCUCUAUACUACCAGCAACAGAGCUGGUGCCUGGCGACAUAGUUGAAGUAACUGUGGGCUGUAAGAUUCCAGCUGACCUGAGGAUGAUUGAGAUGUCUAGCAAUGAAUUCCGAGUUGAUCAAGCAAUUCUGACUGGUGAAAGCUGUUCUGUGGAGAAAGAUGUUGACUGUACGUUAACAACAAAUGCUGUCUACCAAGACAAGAAGAAUGUUUUAUUUUCGGGAACUGAUGUGGUCGCGGGUAGGGGGAGGGCUGUUGUCAUUGGAGUUGGUUCAAACACCGCGAUGGGCAGCAUACACGAUUCUAUGUUGCACACAGAUGAUGAGGCAACUCCAUUGAAAAAGAAGCUGGACGAGUUUGGCAGCUUUUUGGCUAAGGUUAUUGCGGGGAUUUGUGUACUUGUGUGGGUUGUCAACAUUGGUCAUUUCAGCGACCCUUCUCAUGGUGGAUUUUUUAAAGGCGCAAUUCACUAUUUUAAGAUUGCAGUUGCCCUUGCUGUUGCAGCUAUUCCUGAAGGACUUCCUGCUGUUGUUACAACGUGUUUAGCUCUUGGAACAAAGAAAAUGGCUCGUUUGAAUGCCAUUGUACGGUCAUUGCCAUCUGUCGAGACGCUUGGUUGCACUACUGUAAUUUGCAGUGAUAAGACUGGAACAUUGACAACCAAUAUGAUGUCGGUGUCCAAGAUAUGUGUAGUCGAAUCUGCAGACCGUGGUCCUAUGAUUAAUGAAUUCAAUGUUACUGGGACAACUUAUGCACCAGAAGGUACUGUCUUUGACAACAAUGGGCAGCAGCUUGACUUCCCUGCUCAGUCACCUUGCCUUCAUUAUUUAGCAAUGUGCUCAUCACUGUGCAAUGACUCCAUUUUGCAAUAUAACCCAGACAAGGAUUCUUAUGAAAAAAUUGGAGAGUCAACUGAAGUUGCUCUUCGAGUUCUUGCAGAAAAGGUUGGCCUCCCUGGUUUUGAUUCAAUGCCUUCUGCUCUGAACAUGUUGAGCAAGCAUGAACGUGCAUCAUACUGCAACCAUUAUUGGGAAAACCAAUUUAAAAAGGUUUAUGUUUUGGAGUUUACACGUGACCGGAAAAUGAUGAGCGUCCUAUGUAGCCAUAAGCAAAUGGAUGUAAUGUUUUCAAAGGGUGCUCCAGAGAGUAUAAUUGCUAGGUGUACUAAGCUUCUCUGCAACGUUGAUGGCUCUGUUGUUCCUCUUACUGCUGCUGCCCGUGCAGAGCUUGAGUCGAGGUUCCACAGACUUGCUCAUCUUGUGCUUCCUUUGAAGGUGGGAAUGCUUGAUCCACCAAGAGAAGAAGUGAGAGAUGCUAUGCUUGCGUGCAUGACUGCUGGGAUACGUGUUAUAGUUGUAACCGGGGAUAACAAGUCCACAGCGGAGUCACUGUGUAGAAAAAUAGGGGCAUUCGACAAUCUGGUCGACUUUUCUGGUCUGUCUUACACCGCUUCUGAAUUUGAACGGCUUCCAGCGAUGCAGCAAACUCAAGCAUUGCAACGGAUGACACUUUUUUCCAGGGUUGAACCUUCCCACAAAAGGAUGCUUGUUGAAGCCCUACAGAACCAAAAUGAAGUGGUGGCAAUGACUGGUGACGGCGUCAAUGAUGCCCCUGCAUUAAAGAAAGCUGACAUUGGGAUUGCCAUGGGUUCUGGAACAGCUGUAGCAAAGAGUGCUUCAGAUAUGGUUUUGGCUGAUGAUAAUUUUGCUUCAAUAGUUGCGGCUGUUGCAGAAGGAAGGGCUAUAUAUAAUAACACGAAGCAAUUCAUUAGAUACAUGAUCUCUUCAAAUAUAGGGGAGGUGGUCUGUAUAUUUGUGGCAGCUGUACUGGGAAUCCCUGAUACUCUGGCGCCUGUUCAACUUUUGUGGGUCAAUUUGGUGACGGAUGGAUUGCCUGCCACUGCCAUUGGAUUUAAUAAACAAGAUUCCGAUGUUAUGAAGGCAAAACCCCGAAAGGUUGGUGAAGCAGUGGUCACUGGGUGGUUAUUCUUCCGGUAUUUGGUUAUCGGAGUUUAUGUCGGUUUGGCAACUGUUGCUGGCUUUAUAUGGUGGUUUGUUUACUCUGAUGGUGGUCCUAAGCUUACUUACAGUGAACUGAUGAACUUUGAAACGUGCGCACUUAGAGAGACAACAUAUCCAUGCAGCAUAUUUGAGGAUCGGCAUCCAUCGACUGUGGCAAUGACAGUACUUGUUGUUGUAGAGAUGUUUAAUGCUCUCAAUAACCUCAGCGAAAAUCAAUCUCUUUUGGUUAUAACCCCAAGGAGUAAUUUAUGGCUCGUUGGUUCAAUUAUCCUGACCAUGGUUCUGCACAUAUUAAUACUAUAUGUUCAUCCACUGGCAGUCUUGUUUUCUGUCACGCCAUUGUCCUGGGCCGAGUGGACUGCCGUUCUGUAUCUUUCAUUUCCAGUUAUCAUCAUCGAUGAGCUUCUGAAGUUCCUCUCUAGAAAUACCGGUAAUGUUAACUACGCUUAUUCAGUGGUUUAUCAUACCUUUUAUCGCAUGAGAUUCAGAUUCAGAUUCAGGAAGAGUGAUUUACUCCCCAAGGACCGGCGUGACAAGUAG